ACAGCUGAUUUAUUUCCCCACACUUGACCCGCAUAUUAUGUACGGAUGACAGUUUAGAUUUAAAGCAAAAAAAAACAACUCAUUUAUAAACUUUUCCACUAACAAAGUAUCCACGCUUAAGUAUUAACCUUAAACGCCACAAAAACCCGAUAAUUAUGCGGCCUUAAACAUUCCUUUUUGCAAUUCCUGAUGUUGUUUUGCACCGCGUAAGGGGGGAAGUUGUUGUGAAGGUACUUUUCAGUGGGAAAGAAGAUGGCAGAAGUACAUAACCUACCUAAUACAGAUAAUUUAAAUAUCAAGAACGGAAAUUUUAUAUGUGGAGUUGUUGAAGGAUUUUAUGGUAGACCAUGGACUACAGAACAGAGAAAGGAUUUAUUUCAAAAGAUGAAGAAAUGGGGUAUGGACUCGUAUGUUUACGCCCCAAAAGAUGAUUAUAAACACCGAGCAUAUUGGCGAGAACUUUACACAGUAGAAGAAGCCGAACAUUUAACAAGUUUAAUAACAGCAGCUCGUGAUCAAAACAUUACAUUUUAUUAUGCUUUAUCACCGGGUUUGGACAUAACUUAUAGUAGUUCGAAAGAAGUGACAGUGCUAAAAAGAAAAUUAGAACAAGUAGCCCAAUUUGGUUGUACGGCUUUUGCGCUUCUCUUUGAUGAUAUCGAACCUGAAAUGUCAGAAGCUGAUAAAGAGGUGUUCCAAUCGUUUGCUCACGCCCAGGUAUCCGUUACAAACGAAAUUUAUCAACAUUUGGGACAACCCAAGUUCUUUGUAUGCCCAACGCAGUAUUGCGCCACAAGGGCAGUGCCAAAUGUUACUAAUUCUGAGUAUUUGAAUACGUUAGGAAGUAAGUUAGCACAGGAAAUUGAUAUUAUGUGGACUGGAUCGAAAGUUAUAUCGCGAUUAUUGACUAAAGAAGGUAUUCAAGAGAUUACUGACAUUUUAAGACGCGCACCGGUUAUUUGGGACAAUUUACACGCCAAUGAUUAUGAUCAGAAGAGGGUGUUUUUGGGGCCAUACUCAGGAAGAUCUCCUGAUUUAAUUCCAAAAUUAAGAGGGGUUUUAACGAAUCCUAAUUGCGAGUAUGGAGCGAAUUUUGUUGCUAUACAUACUUUGGCACAAUGGUCUAGAUGUAAUGUUGAUGGACAAAGAGAUUUAACAUUAAAUGACACGGUAUCCGCCGAUAUUAAGUUAGAAACCGAAACAGAGGAUGGUAUGUCAGGCGAAGACGUUCCAGCCACUUUAUCUCCAAACAUGUACCACCCAAGACAAGCUUUAAGAAAUGCUAUAAACGAUUGGUUGCCGGAAUUUUCAAAACAUAAAGUCGCAUGGGGACCAAUUGCAAAACCACAACCAGCUGUAGCAAUCGUUCCAGUUCCAAUAAUACCAUCAAUAAACACCUGUAUGAGUUUAACAACAACAACCACGACGACUUCAACUGGAACAAUUCCAACUCCCAUUGUUAAUAGUAAUCAACUUCAAGCUUUGGCGGAAGUUUGCAGUACCGUAAAUGUCGUAACUGAUGCAUUAAUUAAUCCGAUGCCAACGCCCGUUAUGAAUUCGCUCGUUUCGGAAACGAAAGUUAUCUGUAACGAAUCCAUCCCAAAUCCGAUUACGCCAGUCCCAAUUCCGGUCAAAAUAAUUCCACCAAACGAUGAUCACGUCCAAAGUAUAACCGUUUUAAACGGCACGGUUAUCAGGGAUAAAGAAAAAACGAUUUGUAAUAUUAAGGAUAAUGGUAAAGUGGAUAUUGGAAAAGAUGGUGAUACCGUCGCGAAAGAAGAUACCAGUAUGACGACGGAUAUCAGCAACGAUUUGAGUAAUGAAUCAAGUUUGAGUCCUUCUGAACCAAUGGAUUGUAACAGUACCCCAAAUAUUUCACCCGCGCAUAUUGCAAAAUGUAAUGGAUCGAAUGAAGAUGUUGCUAUGAGCGAAACUGCAUCUAGUGGAAGUAUGCAAAUCGAAAGUAGUGAUCAUACAAAUAUGGUCGUUGAAACGGUUGAAGAAAAAAGAAAAGAAUGUCAACUUACCUUUGAUGAUUUAUCGCUCCUCUGUGAUCUGUUUUACUUGCCAUUUGAACAUGGUGGUCAAGGACUUCAAUUAUUGCAAGAAUUCAACUGGCUAAAGUCUAAUGCUCAUUUGGUUGUAUCAAUAAAUAAAGAAAAAUCUAAUCCUGAAAUACAAGAGUGGUUUCUAAGAGCUGAAAAAAUGGGCGAAAUGACUGAAGCAGUUAACAAAUUAUUUCAACAUCUCACUACAUGUAACAAUAGAGAAUUAUUGUAUGAUUUGUACUCCUAUGUUUGGGAUAUUCGAGGAGUGAUAUCUUUGUUAAAUUCUUACAUAAAAUGGCUUGCUGGCGGCCAGUUUCCUUCCUCAAUGCCUUCGUACACCCAAGGGACCUACACAUGGUUCUCAAAAGGAUGGAAGGAGACUUUUAUGAGUGGCGAACAAGAACCUUGGGUGUUUAGAGGAGGUCUAACCGCUGAUUUACAAAGGUUAAUUCCGGUUGAUUCUGGAAACGAUCUCUUCGUUUAUAAAGCACCGGAUGUACCGACAUGCAGAGUAUACACAAUCCGUCCUUAUUUACCAACUGAUGAGGCACAAGUUUACCAAGUUUGCACUAGAACCUGCAAAGACGGGUUAGAAGACUGUUUGCCAUAUCCGGACGAUCUUAAAGAUCUUCAAGCCGACAAAAUAGUUGGAGCGUAUUUAACGAUGCAUCCAGAAUUCUGUAUGGUCGUUGAAGAUGAAAGUGGAAUCGUCGGGUAUGCUUGCGCUUCCCCUGAUUACAAGAAAUUUAGGCUGAAAGUAGAAUUAGCUUGGAUACCAGAGAUGUGCUUAAAGUACCCCAUAAACGAAGAUAGAACGGAUAUUUCAAAAUUUGCUAAAGAAAGUGUAGAGUAUUUUCAUAAUUUUAAGGAUGAGGUGUAUGUUAGUAGCCCAACACACCCAUCUAGUAUGAUCUGUAGUUUACUGCCAUCCGUUUUGGAUCAAUCUGUUAGUAAAAGACUUGUCACUUGUUUGUUAGCAGCACUAAGAGCAAAUGGAUCCUUUGGAGUGCAUGUAAUUAUGAAUACAAACGAUAGUUACACACACGCGUUUUAUGGCAAAUUGGGUUUUGUGGAGAAUACUCAUGAAGCUAUUAAAGGAAAAAUCGUUAUGGGGCGUACUUUUUAAACAAAUUCAAUGUUUGUUGUUAGUUUUUCCCCUUUAACUUUGUUCUCUAAGGACUGACUUUUUUCACCACACCCAUAUUAUUAUAAUAUGAAUUUUAUUAAUUUCUCUGUUUUUAUUUCAAUUUUAUCCUGAUGUUCAGAUGUAUUGAUUGACUUUUUUAUUCGAUAACAAUGAAGGUUUAUGUUGCGGUUCUUAAAGUGUAGCUAAUCUAAUGUCUAUUGAAAAAAAAUCAAAAAUUAUUUAAGAAUAAUAAAAAUUCCUAUAAAUUGAA